AAAGUGGAGUCUUGGACAGCGAGAGGACAUCUCAUCUUGACAUGAAUCGUCCCUGCGUGCGAUUUACUUGUAUAUCGCCGGCAUGCACUUCCGCAAUACCUGGACGUGGAUAUCUCUUGGAUUAAGUAGAUUACUUAUCGGCGCCCUCGCUCGAGAAUGCAUCUUCGAUAACCCCCCAAACAUCGGCUACCGAAACGAAGACGACUUACACCGCGACUUCGACGGCUGCACAACGAUCGUCGCAGACAACAUCACACUCGGGAACCUGCGCGGCUCACUCGUUGUCCCUGAUGUUGUAAACAUUACAGGGACGCUCAUCAUCCCUAAUAACGACGACAAGUGGGGACUGCCAGUCCUGAACUCGAUUGAAUUUCCCGACCUUGAGCAUCUCGGCGGUCUAGAUGUUUACCAAGUGAAUGAUCUGAAAAGUUUCACGUUUCCGAAGCUGAAGCGUGUCAGCGGAAAGAUUGGUAUCACGGCCAUCGAGAAGGAUGCCAACGUAAGUUUCGAGGCGUUGGAGCGCGCGGGAGCGCUGAGACUGAAUGGGUGGUUUGAAGACAUCAACCUCUACUCCCUGCAGACAGUCGACAACGACUUGAUCAUCGAGAAUUGCGAAAACUGCCUGGCCAAGGACCGGACGGGUCAUGUGCGAGACAAUGUCCCAUUCGUCUACUUUGGCAGUCUGCGAUCCGUGGGGUAUAUCAAGAUCGCGGGAGUCCUCGAUGUCGGCUAUAUGUGGGAUCUCACCUCCAUUGGCCCACCAGCGGACCCCGGGAAUACCGAGCUCUCGACGGACUCAAGUGCGCGGUUUUACUUCAAUGAGACGACCACUCCGUUUGAUUUUAAUCUGUCGAGCUUGGUGUCGGUUGAUAGGCAGCUGAUCGUUAGUGGGAAUAUUGAGAGCCUUCACAUGGAUGCGCUGAAAAGUACCAACGCGUCAAUCUAUAUCAAUGCCGUACAUGCCCUGGAUAUUAAUCUCAGCCUCGAGUACGCCAGGUCGAUUGACCUAGAAGGUCAUAUCACAAGCGUCCACCUCCCAAACCUCACCUCCGGCACCCCUUUGACGCUCAAGUCCACCUACUCGUGCAAAGACCACACAUCCCUCACGAACGUCUCCUGUCCCGCGCCUCCCAAAUUCAGCACAGCCGCAAAGAUCGGUAUGGCGAUCGGGAUCGUAGUUGCUGUUGCCCUGGGCAUCCUCGCCGUGUUUCUGUGCUGCAGGCGCUCGCAGAAGAGGGAAGCCGAGCGGGUACGGACGUUGCGCACGCGGAAUGAGUUGGUCGAUCUGCCGGCGUAUGCGCCUGGGGCGAAUGUUUCGGGUGUGUUGAGGCCGGAUACGCCGCCGCCGCUGUAUGAGGCGAGGAGGGAUACGUAGUAUAAGGAUCUGGUUGGUUGGUUCUUAGGAGAGUUCCUCAUCUAACCAAUAUUGCGUC